AAGUUAAGCCAAGGUAGUAUGAGGGAUCGGAGUAACAAAUGGUUAAUAAUUCAGGUUCGUAUGUCUAUGCGCAUGACAGCAUAGUGGCGACACAGAAUCAUUUGGUGUAGGCGCGAGCGUUCUAUUCGAUACACUGUCAUCACCAUCAUCAUCAUUUGGAGUAGUCAGGGAAGAAUAUGAGAGGCGAACAAGCACCCGAUCAGACUAAAAUGGCAGCAUCUAACAAGCAUACAAUCUGCCGUUAAACAUGUAUUUUUGUUUCCAUUGCCGAGGAGCAUCACCUCUCACCUAUUUUCUUCUGGAUAUGAUUUCCCUGGAAUAUACCAUUCUAGCUAUUUGAAAAUUAAGUUGCAUCCUUUCUUACUCUCAUUCCCAUGUUGGGGGGGAUUUGGAUCCCCGUUGGAUGAAAGCAAGACAGAGAUCAAAUUCUCAGUCGUUCUCAUGAUUAUUUGUCGUGGCAACCUCACCAACAAGAGGAAUUUACAGUGGAAACAUCGGUGAUUGAAAGAAAAUGCCAAUGGCUCGACGAGGGUUAGUAGCCCCACAGAAUACCUUUCUGGAGAAUAUUAUCAGAAGGUCAUCGAUUCAACACAGCAGUUUUAUCCUGGCCAACGCAAGGGUGGUGGACUACCCUAUCGUCUAUAGCAAUGAUGGGUUUUGUAAGAUGACGGGUUUCAACAGAGCAGAUUGUAUGCAGAGGAGUAGUACCAUCAAUUUCAUGUACGGCGAAUUGACCAAUCAGGAUGGAGUCAAAGCAGUACAGGAGGCGUUUGAAAAACAAGAGGCGGUACAGGUCGAGUUACUCAUAUAUAAAAAGAGCAGGACACCGAUGUGGACCUUGGUUCAAAUAGCUCCAGUCAAAGAUGACAGGGAUCAAGUGGUCUUAUUCCUCUGUGUAUUCAAAGACAUCACAGCACUCAAGCAACCAAUUGAAGAUGACUCCGCUAAGGGUGUUGGUCGUUUCGCCAAGCUAGCACGGACAGUCACACGUAGUCGAUCUGUGUUAGUACAGGUCGCUCAACAUUUACCAAAUAUGAAACAAGAGCAAACCAAACAGGCACAGAUUUCACAAAUUUCACAUAUGAUGACCCUUGAUGCUGAGGUCCUACCGCAGUACAAGCGCGAAGCGCCCAAGACACCUCCACAUAUCAUCCUGCAUUACUGCACAUUUAAGACUAUAUGGGACUGGGUGAUUCUAGUGCUGACUUUCUACACAGCAGUUGCAGUGCCUUUCAAUGUGACCUUCACCUAUUCUACUAACAAUGAAUACAUUACUCUUGUAGUUAUCGACGGUAUCGUCGAUAUCGUCUUCUUCAUCGAUGUCAUCCUCAACUUCCACACGACGUUCGUUGGACCUGCGGGCGAGGUCGUGUCAGAGCCCAAAAUCAUACGCAUGAAUUAUCUCAAAUCUUGGUUUAUAAUCGAUCUCCUAUCGUGCCUCCCUUAUGACGUCAUCAAUGCAUUUCAAAAUUCUAGUAAUAACAAAAUCAGUGGAAUAUUCAGUGCCCUGAAAGUAGCUCGACUUCUACGACUGGGGCGCGUGGUGAGGAAACUCGACCACUACAUCGAGUACGGUCUCGCCUUCCUCAUCCUUCUCAUGUUAAGUUUCGUCCUGGUUGCCCACUGGUUCGCCUGCAUAUGGUACACCAUCGGACGGGGGGCCCUCUCCCAAAACGACACCAACUCGUGGCUUUACAAGUUCGGCAAUGACAUGCAUGAUCCUUACAAGAUCUUAGAGAACGGAACGAUAAUAAAUGGACCCGAUGUCGGUAUGGAAUAUGUAACAGCGUUGUACUACACAAUGAGCAGUCUUACCAGCGUUGGAUUUGGGAACGUGUCUGCUUUUACCACCUACGAACGCCUUUUUACCAUUGGGAUGAUGAUUAUUGGAUCUCUGCUCUACGCCUGUAUCUUUGGUAACGUGACAACCAUCUACCAGCAGUUCACCUCAAAUACAGCCCGCUAUCACGACAUGCUACAGAAUGUCAAAGAGUUUAUGAAGCUACAUGGAGUCAGUAAACCACUCACUGAACGCGUGCUCGAUUAUGUCAUCUCAACGUGGUCAAUGUCAAAGGGCAUUGACACAGAAAAGGUAUUAAGUUACUGUCCCAAGGACAUGAAAGCCGACGUCUGCGUUCAUCUCAACCGGCGCGUCUUCAACGAACACCCGUCCUUUCGUCUGGCCAGUGAAGGAUGUUUGAGGGCGCUUGCCAUAAGCUUUCAGAUGAGCCACAGUGCACCAGGUGAUCUGCUAGUCCACAGUGGUGAAAGCAUUGACUCACUUUGCUUCGUAGUCGCUGGCUCACUGGAGGUGGUUCAAGAUGACGAAGUGGUUGCCAUCCUUAGUAAGGGUGAUGUCUUUGGAGAUGCAUUCUGGAAAGAGCAGGCCCUAGGACAGUCUGCAGCCAAUGUCAAAUCGUUGACAUACUGUGAUCUUCAUAGCAUCAAGAGAGACGAUCUUCUCGAUGUCCUCGAUUUCUACACCCAAUUUUCUACAUCGUUCGCUCGUAAUAUGGUGCUUACUUACAAUCUCAGACGCAGGCUAAUUUUCCGGAAAGUAGCAGAUGUCAAACGGGAACAGGAAGAAGCAGAGAAACGGAAGAACGACCCUCCGAUACCAGCUGAUCAUCCUGUUAGAAAGAUGCUCAAUAAAUUCCGGAAACUCAGUGACGUACCCGAUAAAAAGCCUCCUACGUCGACGAUAAGAAAAUCAAGAGGUGAAACAAAGGACGUUGAAAAGGGAGACUCACAUGCUUUGAGCAGAGUUCCUGAGCAUCAAACGCCACCGCCUUUAGCAUCGAUUGGGAGGGUGAAGUCGGUGAAAAUGCCAGACGCGCCGGUAAAAAGACAAGACAGUACUAAAGAAGUGCCAGAUACCAAAUGGGGCCCCUUAAAGAAGAUUCCUCUUCGAAAGGCAGAAAGCACGGACAGUGGUAUACUCCGCAGUGAGCAAAGGCUCGAUGAGAUUGGUAGGAGUGAUAGCAAGGAAGGCAGUAGUUCAGUAAGCGCUGCCAGCUCGGAUCAUCAUCUCUUAUCCAGUCUCAUGGAGAUUAAGAUUGAACUGAAGGAAGAGAUAGAGAACCUGGGGAUGAAGAUGAAUCGCUUAGACGACCAGAUAGCUGACAUCAUCAAAAUAUUCUCACCAGACGUAUCGCAGUACUCGUCCAGUAUGGCCAGCUCAAGUAGUUCACAAAUGGGAUCUUGUAAUGAAGUGCCCUUGAGUUCACCACAGAAGUCACCCAUGGUUGUCCAGGUUAGGGAACAUGGUGACGCUUCAUCAGACAGUAGCGGUUUGGGUGAGCAACGUAGCUCUAGUGUGACGUCAACGGGUUCGGCAACAUCAAGGCAAACCUUGUCCAGCAAUGGAGGUCGUAGUCCGACAGCGAUGGCCGCGCAUCGAGGGCCUCCUCCUGUAGAGAACACGUUGGACCUCGUUGAACACGAUGCCCAAAUCGAUGCGGGUUCCUUGUCUGAGAUUGAAUCCCCUCCCAGCCCGGGACCAAGAGGCAAUCCAGAAUUCUGAUCUUUCAAACUCUCUAAGAGCAAAAAGAUUCAUGACUCUUUUUUUCCAAUGGCCAAAGGAACUUAUGAAAACUUAUCUAUAACAAAAAAAAGAUCCGACCCUUGUUCUUAGCACUAUCUUAAAGAUACCAUUAAGAGAAUGUGGGUCUUUAAGAUUCAAGAGAGGAUCCUUCCUGGCAGCAGUAAGGAAAAUGAAGUAGAAAAGGAAAUAAAUCUACUAAUAAAAUCGAAUGGGUACUCCUACGCAUGCGGGAAUUCUACCGCACUCCCUUUGCUUGAUUUUCAUGACAUCUAGCUAAAGCAGCAGUGCACAGAACCUGGAAAUGCUACCAAAAUGCAAUGAUUUCCAGAUUGCUCAUUUUAUAGACUGUUACUACAGACUGUGGUGUGCACUCUCGUUUCGGUUUUCAUUGCUUUUUCACGUCCACAGUUUCGUAAAGUCCUUAUGUGAAAGUGGGCUUUAAACACUGUCUUGAAGACAGUUAUCAAGCUUUAUAAGAGCAGUGAUAUCUUCCUGUCACGCCGCUGUGUAGCUCGGAAUCAUGCCUAUCUCAUUUCGAUAAAUAAUAUGAUUUCAUCUUUGCCCACAGUAAGCUACAUCACCAGGGUUGAGGGUUAAGGGCGACCGUUCAUUCUUUUCCCUUUAAGUAUAUGGGGGAGAACAGUAUAAAAAGAGAGUCACAAUGCCGUUUAAUUCUAAAGUGCAUGUCAAUAAACGUGCGUGUCAAACAAACUUUGAAAAUUGAAAAUGCCUUUCAACUGGAAAUUUCACAUAACAUGGGGAUAUUUUGUGGGUCUUUCCUAUAUGAUUAUCAAGGGCAUUUUCCUAGUCUGAAAUAUUUUUGUGAUACGCGUCGUACAUUUUGAAAAGAACAAAUCAAUUGUACGAUCGAUCGCUUAUAAUGUGGGAAAAAGGACCAGAAGACCCAAAUCUAACGUUUAUCUUUAUCAUGAGGUUUAAAAAAGUGGUGUUAUUGGACCAUACUGCACCGUAAACCGGGAAUUUCCAGGUGAACAAAAUAUGAUAAUAAUAGACAGUUCUUGUAUAGCGCAUAACACAUUAUGAAUAACGUCUCUAUGCGCUUCCAAAGGACUUGGAUAUUAUUACCCCGGCUGUAGCUCAAGCAGCCUUCCAGCGCUCAGUGCAUUUCAAGGAAUACCCCUGCCAGGUACCCAUUCACCUCACCUAGGUUGAGUGCAGCACAAUGUGGAUACAUUUCUUGCUGAAGGAAACUACGCAAUGGCUGGGAUUCGAACCACGACCCUCUGUUUCAAAGUCCGGAGACUAAUCCACUGGGCCACAACAGAACUUCACCCUUUUCCUUAAGUAAAGGCAAUAAUCAUGUUUGUCGACAAAUCUCGAUGCUUUUCAUAUGACCCUGAUACAAUAAGAAAAACGUUGCCUGAUAAUAACCUAUUACAUUUUGACGUAACAUUAAGAAAGAAUUUAUUACUCUAAUCGCAAAAGCUUAGAAAAAAAAAUAAUGUUAGCCUAUCACAACAUGAUUAUUCCAAAACAUUAUAUUCCUUAUUCAAAUGAAGACAUACUUAAAGCUCUUAAUUAAUAAUUAGUCUUUUCAAAGAUUCUUUGAAUUAACAGAACAAAAUACAGAACGGUGUGCUGCAGAUACAAACUUAUUUUGAAGAAAAACACUACACAAAUAAAGUGAACUGUGAUGUAAAAACGCAAUGUUUUUAUAGCACUACGUACGUAUCAACCUCUUCGUUCAAAUUUAUUUUUCUACAUUAAGUAAAAAGCUUGUACAUAAUUUUAUAUUGAUAUAAUGAUGAAAGUAUGAAUGAAAGAAUAUGCCAAUGUGUUCACUAUUUCUCUUUCAUUUAAUUUUAUUCAUCUUAUUUUCAUUAUUUGUAUAACAGAAUGUAUUCUAGAAAAUGGAGACUAAUGAUUGACGCUGUUUUUAUGAUAGGGUAUGUUUUUGCACCAAGGAGGAAAGUAUCGAUAAUGAUGGUGGUUCAUUUCACAAAGAAUGCAACUUAAAAUAAUAAAUUAUCUAUUAUAAUUCCAGGGGGUGUAUUGUAGAGCUGAAGGCUGAGGAUUGUCUAAAGUUUUAAACAAGUUAAAUAAAAAGUUUAAUCAAUUAAAAAAGGGUUUAAACAAUCCGUUAGCGUGACGGGUUAAAAAAAACGUGCUUACAUUUUUUUUACAGUGUUGAUGAACGCUGUGUCCAGUUUAUAAUUCUUUAAAAUUAGUUUUUUUUUUAAGUUGUCUGUUUAUUCACCUUUGGUGUGAAAACAUUCGCGUCAUAUCAUCAAUUCUGUCCACGUUUUAUCGUGAGGUGGUGUAAUAACUAUAUGGUUUAAUGAUAAUUUUGGUCAAGUCAAAAUGAAAAUCACAUCAAAGAAUGAUAUUAUACUGAAUGGUUAAUUAUCCCGGGGUCCGUUUCAUUAAGCUGUUCGCAAGUAAGGAGCGACUUUAAGAACGAAUGGUGAACCUUUCUUAUUUGCUAAAUAAUCACAAAUGAACACUUAAUGGUGAACAUCAUUUACUACAAGAAAGGAUCACCAGUCGUUCUUAAAGUCACUCUCAACUUACGAACAGCUUCAUGAAACGGCCCCCUGGUCAAAAUCAGAGUAAAUUUUCAUAAAGUAAAAAAGAUGACAACGUACAAAUGAAAAUCAAUACAUACGAUAUAAUGAUAUAUAUUUUUUUCAAUUUCGUGCAUGCCCGGGUGAGCGGAAAAGGAAUAAGGAAACAAUUCAUUUAUCGUUUUGUAAAAGUAACUUUAUACCAAAUUGAGAAUUGACUUUGGUUAUGAAGUAAAAGGAUGUUGACAGCAAUUUUUCAUGAUAGAACAUGGAAUAAAUGAAAAUAUCAUUUUUGACAAUAGCAAAUUUUGAUGAUAAGACAUCGUAGAUGUAGACUGCUUUUUUUAUUUAUAGAUAAAUAAACUAUCGAUCUUUCAUCUCGUGAUUUAUGCACAUAGAGCAAGUAAAAAGAAUCAAGUGUCAAAAACAAAUGGAAUAUUCCAUGUGAUUGAGAUACGAGUGAUAUUAUGAUGUCAUCACUUAUAUACACAUGUUGUACAUAUACACAUCGCGUUUGCGCAUAUACAGUUUAUGAAAGAUGUUUUUAUAUUGGGAUUUCCGCUUUCCUUUAUGCGAAAAAUUGUUAUUGAUGCACAUAUCACCCAGUUUCUCAUUAUCCUCAAUCUGUUUGAUUUCAUACGAGAUUGGUGAUCGUAAUUACUUUCAGGUUUUUGAACUCAUCUAUAUUUGUACACUAUAAACGUCCGUCGACACUGAACUUGUAAAUAUAUAUCGGGAGAGCUUUAUGUCGGCAUUGGCAACGAAAUGAAUUAAGAAUUAUCGAUACGUUCAUAAUUUUAUGUAUUCAGAUUAUGUCUUAACUUGCGCAAUAUUUAGAGUUUAUAUAUCAAUGUAAAUAGAAAUAUAGCCUUAAAAGAUAAUAUCAGAUUUUCAUUCUUAUAUCAUUGUGAUCUAUAUAUUUCUUAGAAAAACAUUAUAUUUGUUGUCUUUAACCGAUGUGUUCUCACAAGAUCUUUACAUUCAGAUUGCUUCGAUUAUUUAUUCUAACUACUGUGGAUGUGUGUUGAUUUGAAUAAGAAAUUCGCCCUCCCCUAUAUAAUCUUAAACGUAUUUGUCUAAAACGAACCCCUUUUAUAAAUUGUGAACUCCCCCGCCCCCCCCCCCCCCAAAGAAAAAAGAAAGAAAGAAAGAAAUAAAUCGUGUUUCGGAUAAAGGUUUGGGUUGGUCGGUAGGGUAAUUUUUUUAUUAUAAUGAUCAAGUUUUCCUUAUUUUUGCAAAGGUUGUUCUUUAAGGCAUAUUUUCAAUAAAAAUGAAAUUAAUUGAGGUAAUCACAAAAUGACCUUCAAAACAUGUUGAUGGUCGAAAUUGUAUCCUUUUCAAGUCGUUCUACAAGUUCACGAAUCAUCCUUUACUUCUAUUUUAUUUAUCUUUGUCUGAGAGAAAUCUCGAUUACUGUUCUCACAAAUAAUGCCUUUUUUCUCAUUUUAAUCAAAAUAAUGGAACAAUAUAUAUGUGUAAUCUUUACAGAUAGAUGCUACUGUUGUUGUAAUAGAUAACAAUGUGUGAAUUUUACUAUACGGUGUGCCUUAAUGCAAUAUUUUUCAAUUGUGUGCGGGAAGUUUUUCAAUGUUUUAUUGAUUAUAUACGAAAAUCCUUUCCGUAUGACAAUACCAUUAUCCUAAAUAUUUA